CUCACCGCCACCGCUCCAGUCGCGCCGCAAACGCCACUGUCGGCACGCGCACGGUUGCAUGGCUGCACUCCGACACGGCCAUCAACAAUCACGCACAACUACCAAUUUGUACAAAACACCGUGGUUAGCCUUCACGGUGACCGGUCCAACAGCUCACAACAAAAUUUAAAACCACCUGUAAUCGGGAAAUAAAGGUGCGUGCCAUAAAUGAUUGUCUCUAAUUAAGUCGAUCGGCAGCAGGCACCCAAAUAAUUGCCGUGAAGGCAGCGUACGAAGCGCGCGGCCUGCGACGGGCGCACCUUCGAUUAGUGGCACCUGUCGGACACGCGACGCGCAUUAAUUCGCACUCGCAAUAAAUGCCCCCGCGAACAAUUCCAAAAUAAACUGGAACCGAUGCACCUGCGGCAAUCAGCGGUCGUCGUGCUGCAGUCCAACUGUAGGAGGUGUCCGCGACGGCUCCGUGUCGGCCGCACGGACCCCAGUGCCCGCAGCGCCCAAGGACUGCUCGCCGCGCUCUUCUUCGCGAUAUGAUCAUGUUAUUCAAAGGCAAUAGCAGUAGGCUGGAGCACUUGAUAGAGAAAAUUCAGGCAAAUAAAGAAAAUCACGACGUCAUAUCAGAAGAUAUAAAAGAGGCGCUGGGGAGCGUAGGCAGCACGGCGGCCAGCUCGUGGCCGUCGUCGACGCCGGAGCCGUCCCCGUCGCCCGCCUCCACGCCGACGUCAGCCGACGCCGCCGACGGCGAGCCCGAGCCGCCCUUCACCCUCGGCGCCACCGAACACACUCCCUAUCAGUGCCAAUUCUGCGAUAAAGCGUUCCCCAGACUCUCCUAUCUCAAGAAACAUGAACAGACGCAUUCGGACCAGAUGCCAUUCCGCUGUGAGUUCUGUUCAAGAUUGUUCAAGCACAAAAGGUCACGUGACCGGCACGUCAAACUGCACACCGGCGAUCGCAAGUACCGCUGCUCACACUGCGAGUCCGCCUUUUCCAGAAGUGAUCAUUUGAAGAUACACAUGAAGACCCACGACAAUCAGAAACCGUUCCAGUGCACGGUGUGCAACCGCGGAUAUAACACAGCGGCUGCCCUCACAUCGCACAUGCAGGGACACAAGCGUGAUAGAGAAGGGAGAGAGACUGAACGACGUAGACCUCUGCGCUGUCUGCGAUGCGGGGAGGUAUUCCGGCACCCUGAUCUUCUGCAGGCGCAUAUGACGAGCGCACACGGAGUGGACGCGGCCGCUAUGACUCCGCCGCAGCGCGUUGCGUCUCAACCGCCGCCCACGCUGCUCGCCUGCAUUUAUUGCACCAGAGACACAUUUACUAGCAUGGAGCAGCUUCAAUUACACGUCAGGACAGCCCACUCGGCAUUGUUAAAUGGCGAAUCGCCCAUACCUGGCGUUGAUCAGCCUGCGCCUACAGAUCUUAGUAAACGGGCAACUGAAGAAGGUCCAGCGGUGAAGCGUUCACGCUCAGGCUCUGACACACCUCAGACUACAUUGUCGCACAGCACUCUCCUUUGUAAUCAGUGUGAUGCAGCACUUCCGGACUUCGAAGCGUUUCGAACACAUCUGAAGGCUCAUAUAGAGGAAGGGGGCGAGCUGACCCGCUCGAGCCCGGCGCCGUGCGUUCAUUGCGGAUCAACAUUCGCGGAUGCCGCUGCUUCUGAGCGGUAUCUUACUUCUCAUUAUUUGGCCGUCUCCUGCGAAUACUCGUGCCACAGCUGCGCACGAAGUUUCUCCGCCCCCGACGACUUACAAAAGCAUCUGUUUGAUCUACAUGCCCAUCAUCUUUACCGCUGUUCUCUAUGCAAAGAGAUAUUUGAUUCUAAAGUUGCCAUACAGGUACAUUUCGCAGUUGCACAUAGUGGUGAAAACAAGGUGUGGGUGUGUCGGUCGUGCGGCGCAAGUGCAGGCUCGUUGCGCUCGGAAGCGGAGGGCGCUGCGCACGUGCGCUCGCGGCACGCGGCCGGCGCGGCGCGGUGCGCGUGCGGCGCGCUGUUGGCGGGCGUGCGGCAUGCGCGGCCCACCCGCCCCUACCGCUGCCCGGUGCCGCCUUGCACAGACAGCUUUGCUGUGCAGUACCUACUCGAACGACACAUGCAAAUGCAUCAUACUAUUCCGCACCAGGUAUUGAAUGGUGAAAUUACCAGAGGUAAACGCAUUGAAAAUAACAAUGGAAGCGAAGGUGUAGACGAAGUUUGUUCUCCAUCCAACACGGGAACGGAAAAUCCUAUCAUCAAUACUACAUCUGGGGGUGGUGAAGAAAGACGGCGUAAGAAUGGGGCCGUGGCUUUGCAGUGUGCAUAUUGUGGCGAGCGCACGCGCAGCCGUGCAGAAUUAGAGGCGCAUACACGUGCGCACUCCGGUGCAGCGGCCGCACGCCAUAAGUGCCUCAUUUGCGACGAAGUGUUGCCCUCCGCUGCCGUACUUGCCGAGCAUAAGCUCACUCAUUGCAAGGUAGUAGCCGGUGACACUUGCUCACGCUGUCGUGCACGUCUGUCGUCCGAGGAGUCCUUCUUGAAUCACAUGGCGCGUCACCAUCCCGCACUGCCUGCACCAUGUGUGGUUUGCCGACAAACCCUCGCGUCGGAGGCGGAAGCACGUCUGCACGCGCGCUUCCACUUGCGCCCAAGCGAGGAUGAGCAACGAUGCGCUAUAUGCCUCAGGGCGCUGCCUGAGAGCGAAGGGGGUGACGGGGCAAGGGCUUGUUCCGCAUGCUACGCGCGACAUGCGGCUCCUCGUCCACCGCCCCCGGCCGACCACGACUGCCGACUCUGCCGCCGCGCUCUUGGCUCACCUACGAGACUUCAAGCACAUCUCAUCGAACACACAUUUGCUGGCAUCGGCGCUUUCACAUGCUACUUGUGCUCAGCCGUCUUCACAAGUGCAGCUGGGCUGCAGCGACAUUUACCCGAACAUGCUUCUGCGCCACGACCGUAUGAUUGCGGACGAUGUGGUUUAAAGUUCUUUUUCCGAGCUGAAUUAGAUAACCAUGCCUUUGUACAUUUGGAAGAAGCGGAGAUAGCCCAGCGAGCGUUUUACGAAGCGUAUGCUAGAGGGGCGGCUACUGCAUGGGCAGCUCUUGCGCCGCCAGAGGCUCCAACGGCAGUGGCUACCCCGGCUCCCCCUCCUCCCGAAGUAAAGCAUGAACCCGAGAUAAAGGAAGAGCGUAAUGACGAAUAUAUUGAGGUUUCGUCCCCCCCUCCCCCUGCGCCGUCGCCGCAGGCGCUCCCCGCCACGUCAACCUCGCCAGCGGUGGUGAAGCAGGAGAAGCCAGACGAAGACUGAAUGGAUUAGUGUACCUUAUCGUCCGAGACGCGGGACUCAGCCCGCUGCAAUACUAGAUUACGUCCGUACGUGCUAUGAACCUGUAUAUAGCCAGUUACGUUAAAUGUUAAUAUAUCGUUGACUUUGCGUUUAGAACGCGCAUUUCUUGUAAUUACGUAGAUCGAACCAUAUCGUUUAUGUUGAUUAGACAUGGUAAGUUUUAUAAUGUUUACAUGCCUAUUUGUAUAAACUGUUAAAUAAUAAAUUAUUACAUUAAGCUUGAA